AUGAAAUCGUUUUCAUUCUUCCCUGUUUCUACUCUCCUCUUGUCCAUUCUUAACCCCGCCGUUUCGAGCCCCAUCAAUCAGCAGGCCCCGCUUGCAUCCGGCGAGAAUGAACAGUUCCUGAUCGAAGUCAGCCCCGGCGAGACGCUGUGGGUAACGGAAGAUGAGAAAUGGAGCCUCCGAAGGCAAGGCAUCAACUUCAUGGACAUCACCGACACCCAAGACCUCGGCGCCGACAUCACCGCCUCUAGCAUCACGGUGAAAUACCCAGAAAAGCCGGCCUACAGCAAAGCGGUCGCGCCUAUGCUCUCCCAGCUCUCCAAGACAAACAUGCGCCAGUCCCUCGAGGGCCUCACCUCCUUCCACACCCGCUACUACAAGUCCCACUAUGGCGCCGAGUCCAGCGCCUGGCUCCUCCAACGAGUCAACGCCACAGUCGCCGCAGCAGGUGCGCAUGCGACAGGCACCACCGCCAAGUGGUUCACUCACCCGUGGGGCCAGCACAGCAUCAUCGUGAGCAUCCCAGGCAAGACCAAGAACACCGUCGUCAUCGGCGCCCACCAGGACAGUAUCAAUCUGUUCCUCCCGUCCUUCCUUGCCGCCCCGGGCGCCGACGACGACGGCAGUGGCACGGUCACGAUCCUGGAAGCGCUGCGGGUCCUGCUGACGUCGACGGAUAUCCUGGAAGGCCAGGCGGAGAACACGGUCGAGUUCCACUGGUACUCGGCGGAGGAAGGUGGGCUGCUGGGCUCGCAGGCGAUCUUCCAGCAGUAUCAGAAAGAGGGACGGCUCGUCAAGGCCAUGCUGCAGCAGGAUAUGACGGGUUAUGUGCAGAAUACGCUAGAUGCCGGCGAGCCGGAGAGCGUAGGCGUGAUCACCGACUUUGUAGAUCCCGGGUUGACGGAGUUUAUCAAGGAGGUGGUAACGGAGUACUGCGAGAUUCCGUAUGUGUUGACGAAGUGUGGGUAUGCAUGCUCGGAUCAUGCGAGUGCGAGUAAGGCGGGAUAUCCGUCGGCAUUUGUGAUCGAGAGUGACUUCAAGUACUCCGAUAAGAAGAUCCACACGACAGAAGACAAGAUCGAGUUUCUUUCUUUUGACCACAUGCUGCAGCACGCGAGGCUAACACUUGGGUUUGCGUACGAGCUGGCUUUCGCGAAGUUUUGA